AAGCGCUGAAAUGAUACAGUGUGAAAUCUCCUCUGCUGUAAGCUGCUGAAAGCAUGGCUGUAAAGAUGUUGCCAAUUUAUAUUUUUCUCUGGUUGAUGCUGGAAAUGACUUCUGCACGUCCACAAAAUUUGGCGGAAAAGAUGUUCACCUUUCCAGAAGAAACCAAUAUGACUUAUGUGAAAGUAAAUGCAUCAGCAGAGGACCUGGCUGCGAUCACUAUCUGCCUGAGAACAUUCACAGACCUCACCCGAGCCUACAGCCUGUUCUCUCUGAGCACACCGUCUUCUGUGAACGAAAUCCUACUUUACAAACAAGCCCAGGCCAAAAACAAAUUUGUAGUCCAAGUCGGAGAUGGCGUGGCAGCAUUUGUGGGUCAAAAUUAUGAUUACUAUAAUUAUUAUUACCUAAAUAAGUGGCAGUCCAUUUGUACAACGUGGGACGCAGAGACUGGACUGGUGCAGUUGUGGAUAAAUGGGAAAGCCUCAAGCAGGAAGUUUGUAUCCCACUCAAACAUCACUGGGAAUUUCACUGUCGUUUUAGGACAGGACCAGAACCCGGAGGAAGGACGUCUUCACAGGAGCAGGUCUUUUGUUGGCAUGAUGCGUGACAUUCAGAUGUGGAACUAUGUGCAUUCUGAGCUGACUAUACUGAACUACCACAGAAAUAAUAGAAGGAUAAGUCCCAAAGGAAAUGUGUUUGACUGGCAAUACCUGGAUUUUGAUAUAAUUGGUAAUGUUGUGGUUGAACCAGAACAAAAACUGAGCAAUAAUUAAGCUCCAAUUAAGCAGUCCCACUGGUGGAAAUGGUUGUACUAAAAUUCAGUUACUUGAUUAUGUCUGAUCCCUGUUUUUUCAUCUUUAAUCUGAUAUAGUACCUGAUGAUGAGAAGAACUUGUGUCAAGGACCUGCAGAUAUGUAUUAUGUGAAUUAUGAAA